AUGCGCCUGCCGCUUCGUCUGCUUAGCCCCGCUGCCAACCAGAAUAUUAAUUCUCCAAAAUUAUGGCAAGACCCUGUGCUAGGAUAUUUUGAGACUCAUGGGAAGAUGAAGUUUGAACCUAACGAAGAGUACAGUCUUACGGAUGAGGAAAAGCAGGCCGUUUUGUGGAGGUACCGUGUAAAAGAAAUUCUUAAGAAGGAGUAUUUGAGACGUGAAUAUGAUCCUCGCAAUUUCAAAUACAAGGAAGGGGUAGUUAUGGAUCCAGCGAUGUUCCGUUGGUAUGCAGCAGAUAUGACCCAAGUAGAAUUUUUCCGCGCCACUCCUCGAUCUAUUUUCCUUUAUACUGGAUCUGUAUUAUUAGCGUUUUUCAUAUUCUUCAGACUGAUGUAUCUUACCAAAGAUAAGUCUGAUGAAGACUGCCUUGAUGGUAAGCUUCUAUGGUGGGAUCGUCAAGAUGGCCGCCUGAUAACGGUGAGUGGUGAUGGCCAUUUUGCUCCUGGCGUUGGAUGCAAUUUUUAA